UAGGGAAGGAGAUGGAGGGAAGUGUCAUGUCACAGUGAAUGCAGCGGUGGUGGUGGUGGUGUACUGGUGAUGAUCAUCAUUCCUUCUUGCUGUUACGCCACAUGACCGUCACAAUUCCGGGUUUGAAUGGUGGUAAAGUGACGGUGAGCUGCGGCCUGCAGGGGGAGGAAGAGGAGGAUUCAUACGUACGUAAUGGAUUUCCUGAAAGAUCAUCAUGUGGAGCUUUGAGGGAGAUUACCGCAGGAAGCCUCAGCAGAGGCUGGGUGGGGCAAGCAAGACCCGCAACAUUGAGCGUUCAGACCUCCUCAACCAGCUGAAGGCAGACCGGGAGGAACGGGAGAGACAGAGACGCAGAGAAGCAGCUGCAGUGACACUGCAGGCCUGGGCACGUGGUGUGUUGAGCCAGCGCCGCACCAAACUUGACCUACGCUACCAGUAUGAUUCUUACCUGGCACUCACCAAAGCACAGGGGAUAUCGGAAGGCUCAGCCAUCAGACUGAUUGCCUUGCUGAUCAGGAUAUUUCACCCACAGGAAGACAGUGACAGAUUGCUUGCCAUCUGUCAGCUGGUGAUCCGUGAACAGAAGCAGCUGGCUGAGUGGGUGUGUGGCUCAUGUGAACGAUGGACAUACCUGUUGCCUCGUCUAGCUAACAUGGCACUCAUGGUCAUCACACACCCUGUGCAAGGUGAUAACCCUGUGUCACAUGCUGGACCACUGCGCCUUCUGGAGAUUGUCCUGGCACCAGACUCAUGGCCCACUAGGCUGUCUCCAUCCCACCAACACCUCUUCCUCUCUGCAGUGUACUCACAUCUCAUCAAUAAAGGUUUUUACCAUCAAAUUGUUCAACUGUUAAUUACUCGUGUUCCUGAGGUAUAUGAAUCCUCCCAAGAGCCACCCACCCCUCUGGCUGAUGCUUUACUGCAGCUUCUGCUGAAGCCUCUCACCUUCGCUAGCAGCAUGACAGACACAAUGCUCCUGUAUUGCGUGUUGGCAGAGAUGUGUCGGCAUGUAUUGGGUGAAGCAGUCCACAGCCAGAUCUCUAAUUACAUCAUCCCUUGUUUGGCCUCCAACACAAAAUACAAAUUGCCCAUGGACAGGAUGGUGGCUGUGCUGGUCACCCACUCUCUCAAGUUCAUGGACACUUGUCCAGCUCCCGCCCUCCUCUACUCUCUCCUUAUGCUUGUACGCUCUGGUGCUGAUUUUCAAGAUGUUACCUCCCUGUGCAAUUACUUGCAAGCCAUUGGUGAACUGUUAGGAGGAACCACAUCCUAUCUGACAUGCAGUGAUGCAGAAGUGGACUCUGAUGAUGAGGAGGAAGACACCAUGGACUCCUCAAAGCCUCUCAAUCCUAUUUUAUGUAAGCUUGCAGAGGAGUGUGUGUCAGUGGUGAAUAGCACUGAGCACGUUGGGUGGCUGCUCAGUCAGGUGGAGCGGUAUGUGUCUCCCGAGGUGUUGUUUCACUUCUCCCGCCUCACACACCACCUCCUCACUGCCCCUUCCCUACAGCUCCAUCAGUGCAGGCUACUGUACAGUGUGGUAGUGCGGCGGCAGCUGCUGCGGUCCAUGUGGGUGGUGCUUUCGAGUCUGCAACAAGGGGCACCUCUUCCAGGCAGCAUCACAAACUCUCACCCAGCAUUUGGAGUGCGAGGAACACCACUGCUGCAGGUUCUGGCACGAGGGUCUCCUCUGGCCCCCUAUGAGCGGGACACACUGGUACCCCUCCUGGCUACCUUUUGUGCCACUCUCACAGCUGUCCUUUCCACACUCCAUGAUGCAGAGUUCCUUGGACAAUCUGAUGAGGCUCAGGAAGUGUAUUUACAAAAACCCACACAAAACCAGUUCCCAUUUUCUGUGGAUGAACUUGUAAAGAUGUCAGCCAGCCUGCGAGACGUGUGUGUGGGACUGGUGGAGCUGGCUCAUCCAGACACACGCAUGUCAGCCAUCACUGACACCUCCUACACUUCCUUGUGGGCACAUUGCUUCAAGGUGUGUGUUGGAGUGGUGAGGCAAAUACACUUGCGAGACACCAGGAGAAUGUUCUGUCCUGGUGGCCACUGGCUCAGCUCCCGGGUCACCCUGCCACUGAACAACUGUCAGACGGUAUCCUUCAUACCACGCACCAAUAGGAGACAGAGGAGGCUUUUCAUGCCACAGAGGCUGCUCACAAGGAAUGAAUUAGAAACGGAGGGUCCUCCAUUGUCUGUCACUGAUGAACGGAGAGGUACUAUUCUGCGAGAAAUUCCCUUUGUCAUUCCCUUUGAGUCUCGAACGCAAGUGUUCAGCAGGUUGGUGGGGAUUGACCGCAGCAUCAGUCAGAUGGGGGCGGAGUUCAAUGAGAGGCCUGUAAUUAAUGUUGCCAUCAGGAGAAGUCACCUCUAUGAAGAUGCUUUUGAAAAAAUAUCACCUAAUAAUGAGCCUAACCUGCGGCUGCGCAUGAAAGUUCGCCUGAUGAAUGCAGUGGGCCUCAAUGAAGUGGGCAUUGAUGGAGGUGGAAUAUUCCGGGAGUUUUUAUCUGAACUUCUUAAGACUGCCUUUGACCCUACAAGAGGUUUCUUCCUGCUGACUCUGGACAACACACUCUAUCCCAACCCUGGAGCACAUCUCAUAGCAGAGAACUACCAGACUCACUACUACUUCAUUGGAAGAAUGUUAGGAAAGGCACUGUAUGAAAAUCUACUGGUGGAAGUACCAAUGGCAGGAUUCUUCCUGUCUAAACUGCUGGGUCGGUCCUCUUCCUCAGCUGAGAUCCACCACUUGGAUUCUCUGGACCCAGAGUUGUGUCGCAACCUUCUCUCCCUCAAGACCUACCAAGGGGACGUCCAGGACUUGGGACUGGACUUCACAGUCCUCAACUCAAACCUGGGACAAAAUACAAUUGAGGAAUUGAUCCCCAAUGGCACCAACAUCCCUGUAAACAAUGAAAACCGCAUUGAGUACAUUUAUCGUAUGGCUGAUUACAAGUUGAACAAACAGAUUGCAAAACAGAGUCAAGCUUUCAAAAAAGGAGUGGUAGAUGUUGUUCCUCUUGAAUGGCUUCAGAUGUUUGAUUGGCGAGAACUUCAGAUGUUGAUAUCUGGUGCUUCUGUUCCUAUCGACCUUGAAGAUUUGAUGGAUAACACCAGAUAUGGCGGAAUCUACAGCACUGAGAAUUCAACAAUACAAGCCUUUUGGCAAGUCCUUAGAGAAUUCAGUGAAACACAAAAACGUCAACUUCUGAAAUUUGUCACAAGUUGUUCUAGGCCUCCACUCCUGGGAUUCAAGGAACUGCAGCCACCAUUCUGUAUCCAGCCAUCGGGAUCAGAGGAUCGUCUUCCUACUGCUUCCACUUGCAUGAACCUGUUGAAGUUGCCAGAAUAUAAAAAUGAGCACACACUCAGAGAAAAACUUCUUUAUGCCAUUACAUCUGGUUCUGGUUUUGAGCUGUCCUAAAACAUGGCAUUGAUAGCUGCAAGGAAUAUUAGAUUUUCAGUGUUGUCAGCUCAACUAUUGAUAACCCUGUGAUUGAUUAAAAUAAAAAGGUUUUACCGUAAUGUGAAGCAAGUCCCAUCUCUUUGAUGAAUUAUACAGGAAGAAAACACCCUUAUUAUAUGAGUGAAUAAAUUGCUUGCUUAAUAUGUUUGAGUUCCAGGUAAUGAACUGAUUGAUCUUGCUAUUUCCAGCAACUUUUUUAGCCUAUGAAAUAUAUAUAUAUAUACUAGUACUGGUCCUCAUAAGCAUGUGUUAUUAACAUUAUAUGGAAACUAACAUUUCUAGAGUGGACAAUAUUUUGUGACAUACAAUAAUCUAAACCUCUUGGUUGAAAAAAGAUAUUUACUUCAAGUAUAUGAGUAGCUCCACAAGAGAACAAUCCAAGCACCAUUUCUUAAAAUAUGCAAAAAACUGCUUGUAAAGUUUUACAUUUUAAUAUUUUCAAAGCCACCAUAUAUGAUUUUUGUGAAACAUAUAUCAAAACACUCCUUGGCACGUCAGCUUUCCAAUCGGCAUGAAAAAUAUUUUUUAUCCAAUUCAGCAAUUAUUGAUAACAAAAACAGUCCAGUCAUUUAUUUAGUUCAAGUCAGUUUGAUGUAUUCUUGUAAAUUCCAGAUGUACUUACCACACUGAUGUAAAUGUUGAAUGUUGAUUCACCCUUUUCUCCCCCCUCCCCCUUAUACCCUAGCCUCAUGAUUAGUUGUCAUAAUUGAGCACCUCAUUGUCUUCCUCGUCAGGAGGCAUGACAUUGUGCUCAAUUGUGCCAGCCUGGAGGCACUAAUAAAAGACCUUCUUGUCAUCUGGCAUGAGGCAUAAAAAGCUUUUUAGGUCACUGAGCUUCUCUUCACUGAGGUUCAGGGGGGCUUCAUUAAGGGUUAACCCAGGAACCUCCAUGUCAACAGAAAUUAAAGAUACGCAACAUUGCAUCGAGGUUUAGAUCGUAUUGUCAUAGAGAUAAUAAUCUAAGCAUCAUGAAGUGGAAAAGGACACAGGAAUACAUGUUUUCGUUAGGGAUAGUGCUUGGAUCGUUCUCCCGUGGAGCUAUUCAUGCAUAUGCACACACACAAACACUACAAUAUAUGCAAUAGUAAUACCAUACUUUGAUUUGUGUUCAACACUGAUAAGUCUGAUUUUCCCAUCUUUGUUAUUAGCUCAUAUGCUAUUCAUUGUUUUUCUAACUACAAAAUUGCACUGCGCAGCAAUUAUUUUAUUGUUAUUACAACUUGUAAUCCACAAAAUACAUGUAUUCAAUGAAGAGUAAAUAGAAAAAACAUGCAUUUAAUGAGAUCAAGAUCUUCAAAAUGCAAAGGAGAAUUAUGUAAGAGGAACCUGUGGACUGGCUAAAGAGAUUCAGUGUUCUGUCAUUGUCUCAAAAUUUUAAAAAGGAAAAACACUUGGGUGGCUGAGUGAAAAUGUGUGGCUCACUGAGGUAAUUCAGACAUACCAUAAUAAAAGGAUUAAUUAAUGAAGCAAAUUGUAAAUGAUGCUCAAUUAUAUAGUAAUGCCAUGAGUUUUGGAAGGAGGGGAUGCAAAGCAAGAUUUUGAUUGCACACUGAGAAUAACAAGAAAAAUGAAAAGAACAUGUCCUGUUCUGACCAUUGAAAAAUCAUCACAAGGAGACCAUACAUUGAAGAUAGAGAUGUAUGAAUAAGGAUUAUAAUACUAUCAGCAGCAAUGAGAGUAUUCAUUAUGUUAAAAACAGAGCCAAUUUUAGUAUUGUCAUUUUAUUGUUUUUGGAUUCAACAAGACUUAAAACACUAUAUUCCUUUAUAUGAUUUUGGCUAAAUACCUUUGGGAGGUAUAACUUCUUUUCCUAUAUUUUAUUAUUUUGAAGGGCAAUUUAUUUGUAUGGAUCUUACAGAUAGGACAAUUUCUACAGUUGCUCCUUGAAGUUGGAUAUUUUUAUAAUAAGUGGAAAUGUAAAGGCCAAACCCACUCGGCUUUCUCUUCUCAGGUCUGACCAUGCACCAAAGCAAAGGAAAUAAACUUAUUAAAAAAUAAAACCAUAUUAACUAGAUGUAUAGUAAAGGAUUAUCAGGUCAGUCUCUGGAGUAAAAAAAACUAUUUUAAAGAAUAAUCUUUACCUUCCUCUACCUUGAGAUUUAACAGUUUUGAAAACAUUUCUCAUUGUGGUAUUUUCCAGUAUGCUAAUGAGUAUUCAUUAUUUAUCUUGCUGUGUUGAUCUUCAGUAGCCACAGUUAAUACUUUCUUCCUUUCCUAAAGGUCUCCAACAUAUAAUGUGCAGGAUACAUCUUGAGUCUUAUAUUUAACUGUCAAUGACAGGGAGUCCUAUUUUACUGUCAUAUCAUUCUGUCAUUCUCUCCUUCACUAUUCAUGCUCAAAAUACAAAUUAUAUUUAGGUGCACACACACACACACACACACACACCCCAUUUAAUUCUAUUUGUGGACAAAUUAAAGCUUAAAAAGUCAAGGUUACCUUGUGUGUGCAUACAUAUUCAUGUAGUCCUUUUCUCAGAAAUGUUAUUCUGUACAUGCCCAAGAUUACAAGAUAAUGCAAUGAUCAUACAAAGUUCAUGAAUUUGUGUUUAUCUUAGCAUGGCAGGUUGUAAAUGGAAUGCUGCAAGAAAAAUGUAGGUCAGUACUGAUAUUCUAAAAUAUUGCAGGCAUCUUAAGUUUAAAUAGUUCUUUAUUUAUACCAAACCUAUAUAUAUAUUCCUGUGUCAUCUUUAUCUCAAAUAUCUAUUUAUUUGCUUUUAUUAUGUAUGCAAGGGACAACAUUGUAAGAUAAUAAAAGGAUAAAUACUGCAUAAACACUAAAACUGUAUAUCCAUUCAAAAGUUUAGUUAAGAUUUGGUUUUACUGCAGAUGAGCAAGUUUUCUGUACAUAUGAAUAUAUUACUGUAAGUAAAAGUAAGAUGAUAAUAUACAAUCA